AUGCCCCAGCCUUCCUUCCAAACCCACACAACUUCACCCAUGAACUUUCUCCGGUCGCUUACGGCCGCGGCUCCUGUGGCCAGCAGCCUGUUCGGCAUGAGAUGCUUUGGCAUCAGCGCCCCAACCCUCAGGGAAAAGUACUUUAAGAUCACCAAGUAUGCGAGGCCCAUUGACACCACGGUCUAUAAAGCCGGGGACAAGAUCCCCUCCAAGGGCGUCCCCACAAAGAACAAAUUGUACCCGGACUACAAGUACGAGGCCAUGUUUUUCAAGAGGCAAAACAGGGGCUUGUACGGCGGCUUGCAGCGCAAGAGAUCCAAGACAUGUUCCGAGAGUAAGAACAAGAAUUUGCGUGCGCAUUUGCCCAACAUCGUCAAGGCCAAGCUCUGGUCCGAAACUUUGAACAAGUGCAUCUCGACGCGUGUGUCCACAAGGCUUUUGCGCACGGUGACGAAGGAGGGUGGAAUCGACAACUACUUGUUGAAGGACAGCUCUGCCAGGGAGAAAACCAUGGGGUUGAAGGGCUGGAGAUUGAGGUACGACAUCAUGAAGACCAAGGAGCUCCAGGAGAGAUCUGCCGGCAGCCCCAAACCCGUGUAUCACGUGCUGGAGUCCGGCAGGAAGAUCACCGUGGGCAAAACCAAGCUCUUGAAGCACUUGUAUCCGUUCGUCUACCGCGACAACUACGAGCCCAUGGACUACGAGAAGUUUCUCCGAACCCACGGCUACUUGACCAUCGCGGAGGUUGUGAGCAAGUUGGAGCACUACAAAUUUGACUUCAACCAGGUGAGCGUCUAAUUGUACAUAGAAAACAUGCGCCGGAAAUGAUAAGCUGAACUGAUUCCUUGUGACGCAUUCGCAGGACGCACCAAACAUGACUUGCUGGAUGCGUUUGCACGGCACAAGGGAUGAUGCAAUGGCAAGAUGCCCUGUAGACCCAAUUUAAAGAUCCCUUUAUUCCCUCCUGUGGAUACCAGACGCGGGAUUCUAUAUCCUAGAAUUCUAUGUUAUGGAGGUUAUUCCCGUCAAUUCAUCUGUACAACACAUGUGAACUCAUCUGUACAUCCAUCUGCGAACUCAUUUUUAGUCCAUCUGUGAAUUCAGCUGUAAAUCCAUCUGCAA